AUGCUUUGCGCGGCCGGCGGGAGGCGGCGGCGGCGAAGGGGGAGAAGACGGAGGGCGGCGGCGGCGGAGAGAUGAUCGCGGAGUUGGUGAGCAGCGCCCUGGGGCUCGCCCUCUAUCUCAACACCCUCGGCGCGGAUUUCUGCUACGAUGACAGCCGAGCUAUCAAGACAAACCAGGAUCUUCUUCCUGAAACGCCAUGGACUCAGAUAUUCUACAAUGACUUCUGGGGCACUCUCCUUACUCACAGCGGGAGUCACAAGUCGUAUCGACCUCUCUGUACGCUCUCUUUUCGAAUUAACCAUGCUAUCGGAGGAAUGGAUCCUUGGAGCUACCACCUUGUAAAUGUCCUCUUACAUGCUGCAGUCACAGGUCUUUUCACAAAUUUUUCCCGAAUAUUGUUUGGCGAUGGAUAUUGGACCUUACUGGCUGGCUUGCUGUUUGCUUCGCAUCCCAUCCAUACUGAAGCGGUUGCAGGAAUUGUAGGAAGGGCUGAUAUUGGAGCUUGCCUUUUCUUUCUGCUGUCCCUGGUCUGUUAUACUAAACACUGCUGCACAAGGAACUACUCAGAAGGAACCUGGGGCUGGAUCUUGGGUGCAGGGCUAUGCGCCACCUGCAGCAUGUUGUGGAAGGAGCAAGGAGUGACUGUUCUAGCAGUUUCAGCCGUUUACGACGUCUUUGUAUUUCAUAGGCUAAAAAUGCACCAAAUCAUUCCUGCUGUCUAUAAGCGGAAGAAUUUACCCCUUCUUUUGAGCAUUGGUUUAUUGAUCUUCUGGGGAGCUUUGCUACUAGGUCUUCGCUUUUAUUGGAUGGGGAACAAACCUCCCAGCUUUUCCAACUCUGACAACCCAGCAGCUGACUCGGAGAGUUUUCUAACACGAACCUUGACCUUUUUUUACCUGCCAACCAAAAAUCUUUGGCUAUUGCUGUGCCCGGACACUCUUAGCUUUGAUUGGUCCAUGGAUGCUGUGCCUCUUCUCAAAACAGUCAGUGACUGGAGGAACCUACACACAGUGGCCUUUUAUGCUGGACUUCUCCUCCUUGCUUACACCGGUUUGAAAAGCUCCAGCAAAGAGAGAGAAUGCAAUGGGAAAAACAUAACAAAUGGCAAGCAGAACACCAAUGGCCAUAACUGCCUAUCAGAAAUGGAGUAUAAAAGCUUGGAGUUGAAGCCCAGCUUUGUAUCUAAAGAAGAAAACGGCAUUAACAAACACUUGCCGCAGAGACCGCAACUCCCCUCAACUGAGAAUAUUGUAGUUCUGUCUCUGUCCUUAUUAAUUGUGCCCUUUAUUCCGGCCACAAACUUUUUUUUCUAUGUAGGCUUUGUGAUAGCAGAGCGUGUCUUGUAUAUACCUAGUAUGGGCUUCUGCCUGCUGAUCACUGUGGGCACUAGGUCCCUCUACAUCAAAGCCCAAAAGCGCUUUCUGAAGAACUUGAUUUUUUUUGCCACAGCUGCAUUAAUAUUUUUCUAUGGACUCAAGACUUUUGUCAGGAAUGGGGACUGGCAGAAUGAAGAGAUGCUGUAUAAGUCAGGGAUAAAAGUAAAUCCAGCUAAAGCAUGGGGUAACCUUGGAAAUGUUCUGAAGAGUCAGAGCAAGAUUUCUGAAGCUGAAAGCGCCUAUAGGAAUGCCUUGUACUACCGCAGCAACAUGGCUGAUAUGCUUUAUAAUUUAGGGUUGUUGCUACAGGAGAACAGCAGGCUUUCAGAAGCACUACAUUACUAUAAAUUGGCCAUUGGAAGUAGACCUACUUUAGCCUCUGCCUAUUUAAAUACUGGUAUCAUCUUAAUGAACCAAGGCAAGGCUGACGAAGCCAGGAAGACAUUCCUGAAGUGUUCAGAAAUUCCUGAUGAAAAUUUAAAAGAUCCACAUGCUCACAAGAGCUCGGUUACUAGCUGCCUUUAUAAUUUGGGGAAACUCUACCAUGAACAAGGACAGUAUGAGGAUGCCCUUACAGUUUACAAAGAAGCAAUACAGAAAAUGCCAAGGCAGUUUGCACCACAAAGUUUAUAUAACAUGAUGGGGGAAGCCUACAUGAGGCUCAGCAGAUUACCUGAAGCAGAACACUGGUAUGUGGAAUCACUGCGGGCCAAAACAGACCACAUCCCAGCUCAUCUCACAUAUGGGAAACUCCUGGCUUUAACGGCUCCCUCUUCCCAACUCUGCUCUCUUCCCAACUCAUUCCUCAAUUUCCCAACCAUCACUGAAUCUGGAGAGAGAGGACACAGUGUGCCCUGUGCCCCAAAGCUAAACAUGACCGGUGAGCCCUGAAUAGGAAGAACUGUUCCCCCAGACCACAAGACAUGAAGAUGAGCUCCUCCACAACAGACAAACUUUGUUGUUCAUCCUCUGUUCCCUCUCCUCAACCCAGCUCGUAGUGACGCCGGGGUAUUAUAAACCUAUUGCCUUCUGUUCUAAACCAUGGGGCUCCUUCCAGCAGGAGGUGGUGUUCCCAUCCCUGUGGAAGUCACUGCUGCUGAUGGCUAGAUGGUCCAUUGUCAGGCAUGGUGGGACUGCAGCUUAUUGCCAGAUGAGGCAUUUGGCUUUUCCCCAUGUACAUGAAUGAGAACAUGGACAUGAAUGAGACAAUUCUACCAGAGACACCACUUCAGUUGAGGCUAAAUCCUGUUUGCAUCCCUGGUGAUAUCAGCGUUUGAAAUGAAUUGGGAAAACUGUGGCUUGGAGCAGGUCAUCACUACAGGUUUUCAGCUAUAGAUGAGAGAGAGCUUUGACCAAACCCUCAGAGGUAGGCUGGCCAUCGGUUGAAACAAGGAUACAUGUGACAUUAUUGAGAUUUCAUAGUUGUGUGUACAUGAUUAGUAAAACAGACAUAUCUUGCUGUCUCAAAUGCAUAAUUUGCCUGAAGUAUUAUGGGAUCACCUAGGUAAAACACAAAAAACAAACUAAGCGACAGGAUAUAUGAAAGUCCAAGGGGGUUGGGGGGGGGAGAUAUGAGGCUGUUGAGACAAUUUAAAGCCUAUCAACGGUUUUGUCUCUUUUAAAAGGACCGUCAUAGUUUUAGAUACCUUGAGGAUUUAACAUUCUUCACCUUGCAGAAUGCUUUUCUCACGCUCUGCUUACAGGUUAUGCCUUCUGCCAUGUUGAAUGGCAGAUAGAAACAAGCUCCUGUCUCCCAGUGGAAUUGUAUUUGUAACCUGAAUCAAGCCAGACAAUGUAAUCAAUUCUGUUCUAUAAUGUCCCUUAUAUGAUGGGCCAAGGGAAAAUGGGGCGGGGGGAUUUUGGCUAGAUUAACAUCCUGUUCUGACCGAGAAAUCAUCUGUUUUCUAUUAGAAAAAUUACAUCCUUUGUGACAUGUAGAACAGCACUGUAUGUUUUAACUGCAAGGAAACUUCAAGUGAAAGAAGAGUUAAAGGAUUAGGACAACUAAGGAGUUCUAAGAAGAUAAUAGAUAUUUUUUUAGAUAAUGGAUGUUUUUAGUUUAACUUAACUGAGAAUUUUAUUGUAUCGGGUUUUUUAAAAAGUUUAUUUUUUUUGAAAUUUUACCUGAAAACUCUCAAGGCCAAUGGCUAAUACAAUAAAGCUGAUGGUGACUUUAGUUUCCAUACUUCCUGCAAUUGUUAGAGUUUUAAGGCAUAUGUUCUUGUGUGAGUUUAGCAUAUAAUAUGGUGGCAUAUAAAAUGUUUGUGUUCAUAGAAAUUAAUGAAGUGCACUAAAGUUAUGGUGCUCAAAGAAGCAUGAAUUAGUGCAGAAGACAAAUAAUGUGACUUCGUCAUUCAUUUGAAACUCAUUAUUCAUGCCCAUGUCAGUAUGUAGAUAAAGCUAUGCCAGUUUUGCAUAGCACUGCUCUAGAUUUUCUGCUUAACCUUGUUUAUGUUAUCACAUUUUAAGCAAAAAUUUUAUCUGUGUUAUAUUAUGUUUCCUAUGCUAAUUUGAUAGAUUAGUAAAAGCUUAGUAGGAGAUAGUAUUUUAUGUACCUCAACUAUUUUAUGAAAAGCGUUUUAUAUCUUAGUUUGGGUGGCACAGAAUGGGAACAUGGAACACUUUUUACAAUGUAAAUCACACCCAAAUCUAUAUUUGUAACAGAAUGGCUAGUGAAAUUAUGAUCUCCCUGCCUACAGUCAACUGGAAGAAUUUUUUUCACAACCCACAUAUCAAGUAAUAUUAUAAAUUCAUAUGUUAAAAUUAUAACUCACCAGGGUGUAUUUUACCAGAAAGCAUAAGAGGAGGAAAAUUUAGUGGUUAAGGCAUAUGAGUAGUGGCUCAGCUAGUUGAAUAACUGGAAGGCGGCCAACUCUGAGCUAAAGCCCCUGUUUUCAUUUUAUUUAUUUUUCCAGAAACGCUAUUUAGCUUUUUGAAGGUACAUAGCACCAUGAUGGUGCUGUUAUAAACUCCCCAAUAUCUCAUUGUCGAAAUGAGUUGCUUAUGGGAAGACACUGUUGAAGCUAACUUCCUUGUUCUAGAGCUGGUUGACUGGUAUUGCCAGAGUGCUGAAGUCCUUCCCUGAUUGUAAUCAUUUACAAUAUAUGUAUUUUCUGAAUAUAAACAUGUUUAUUUUAGAAAAAAACUCUAACAUUACAGCAUUCCUGUAAUAUAUGUAAUUGUGCUUCUGACAAAAAUAACAGUGAAAGGGGCAGUCUUGAGUAUUUAGAAUAGUUAAUUAUCAUUUGAACAAGACCUGAAGGUACAAAAAAAGUGUCAGCAAUCUAAUGUGAAGGCAAUUUUUUGAACAAAAAAUGGAGGUUGAGGUUUUCAUAAUGUUGGCCAGGCUUCUGACUUCAGCUUGAGAGGCAUUUUAUCUGUACUGGUGUGUCUGCUGUGACAUUUAUCACAUAAUGCAGGGUUUGAGUUCUCAAAUGUACUUAUCCCAGAUUGUAUCUCUCUCUCCUCACUGUACUGCAGUCUUGCUUGAAUGCAGUUUUAAUCUAACUAGCAUAUUCACAGCCUGCAGGCAGCAGGCGGUUAUAGUUGGUACAGUUGAUCUUCUCUGAUGUCAUAGAGGGCCUUGGCAGGAGAGCUGUCAUUGGCUUAGCUGCUGUGAUGCCACAGAGUAGAAAUCUUGGCCAAAGUAGCUGUGUGAUCAGGUGGGCUUGGAGACUUUUGCCCUUGGGACUAUGAAGUCAGUAGGCAGCUAUUAACAGGAAUCAUGCUGCAUUUACCCCUGUAUUGCCUGCGUGCCCAUGGGCCUUGGGAUAACAUGUUGUUGCUACAUAUUGGUUGAGUAGUUUCAGGGUUUAUGAACGGAAAGCCAAUUUCCACAAAUGCUUCCUGCUUAUGCCAGGAUGCAGUCUGACCUAUUUUCCUUUGCAUAAGGACAAGCAUGAAGGAAGCCUCCCAGCCUGUUCACAGGUCCUUAUAUGAUCAGUGAAAACAAGUUGGUCCUGG